AUGGAACGCCAAGCCCAAAGAACAGGAGGAGACAAUCGAUUGGGAAUUGAUGAUCCUCGUCGAAUGGAUUUGUCUCCAGAGGAAAAGAGACACGCCAUAGCCAUUAAGCAAGCAAUUGAAGGGACUGCCGAGAUGGACAACUUGUCAGACUUCUUUUACUGCCAGUUUGCUCUGAUAGAGGGGAGCAAUGUUGAACGAGCCUUGGAGAGAGUCAAGCAACUGCAAGCCUUGCGAGAGGAAUACAAGAUUAUGGAUACUUUGACAGACGGUUGCCAGGUGCUGGAGGCCUUCAUUCAGCUGUCUCCGCAACAUGUCCUCUCCUAUGAGUUUAAUGGCAAUUCUUACACCAUGAUGGUUAACCUCAAGGGAUUUCAACCCAAAACUGAUUUAUCCACACCUGAAAAGUUCCGGACAUGGAUCAUGGGAACUUACUAUAUGCAUCACUGCUUUUGCCCUGACUUUGAAACCAUCCGCCAAGGGGUUUCCUUCUAUGUUGAAUGCCAUGGCUAUGAUGGUUCCCAGCAUAUCAACAUGAAAUUCCUUAAGCGCGUGUGGACAGAAUGCUUUCCUGCAUACCCAUUCCGUGUUCAGAAGUCACAUCAUUUUCAUACUUCCACCAUGUGUAAUAUGAUGAUUGCAACGUUCAAACGAAUCAUUCCUGCCAACAUGGGCACCGACAAAAUCAAAGUGGGGUGCAAAGCACCCAUGUAUCUUGAUGAGAUUUACUUAUCCCCGUCUGUUGAAGUAUCCAAUCAAAAGACAUUGCAACAAUGGAAGGCUGCACUGGCAAAGCGCUACCGCAACGAACACACAUUCUCCUUGUUGUGA